UCAAGGGGGUCCCCGGGGGUCCCUGCGGGGUCUCCGGGGGUCGCUGACCCCGCCGUGCGCCCCCAGCCCCCCAUGGCGCUGCGCUUGGCCCCCCGCCUGUGGCGCCCGGCCCGGAGCGGUGUCCGCUGGGGGGGCACCGCGCCCCCCCCCGCGCCCCGGGUGACCGCCCCCUUUGACUGGCAGGACGCGCUGGGGCUGGAGGCGCUGCUGAGCGCCGAGGAGCGGCUGCUGCGGGACACGGCCCGCAAGUACAGCCAGGAGCGGCUGCUGCCCCGCGUGCUGCACGCCAACCGCCACGAGGUUUUUGACCGGGAAAUCGUGACGGAGCUGGGAGAGCUGGGGCUGCUGGGCCCCACCAUCCAAGGGUACGGCUGCGCGGGCACCUCCUCGGUGGGCUACGGGCUGGUGGCGCGGGAGCUGGAGCGCGUGGACAGCAGCUACCGCUCGGUGCUCAGCGUGCAGUCCUCGCUGGUCAUGUACCCCCUGUGGGCCUACGGGACCCCCGCCCAGCGGCAGCGCUUCCUGCCCCGCCUCGCCCGGGGGGAGAUCCUGGGCUGCUUCGGGCUGACGGAGCCCAACCACGGGAGCGACCCGGGCCGGAUGGAGACGCGGGCCCGGCACAACCCCGGCGCCGGCACCUACACCCUGCGCGGCUCCAAGACCUGGAUCACCAACUCGCCCAUAGCCGACCUGUGCGUGGUGUGGGCUCGCUGCGAGCACGACGGGCGCGUCCGCGGCUUCCUGGUGGAGCGCGGCACGCCCGGGCUGAGCACGCCCAAGAUCGAGGGCAAGUUCUCGCUGCGGGCCUCGACCACCGGCAUGAUCCUGCUGGACGACGUGGAGGUGCCCGAGGAGAACGUGCUGCCCGAGGCCGAGGGGCUGGCGGGCCCCUUCGGCUGCCUGACCCAGGCGCGUUACGGCAUCGCCUGGGGCGCGCUGGGCGCCGCCGAGGCCUGCCUGGAGACGGCGCGGCAGUACGUGCUCGACAGGAAGCAGUUUGGGGGCCCGCUGGCGCGGAACCAGCUGGUGCAGAGGAAGCUGGCGGACAUGGUGACCGAGAUCACGCUGGGGCUGCACGCCUGCCUGCGGCUCGGCCGCCUCAAGGACGAGGGCAGGGCUGCCCCCGAGAUGGUGUCGAUGCUGAAGCGGAACUCGUGCGGGAAGGCGCUGGGCAUCGCCCGGGACGCGCGGGACAUGCUGGGGGGCAACGGCAUCUGCGACGAGUUCCACGUCAUCCGGCACCUCAUGAACCUCGAGGCCGUCAACACCUACGAGGGCACCCACGACAUCCACGCGCUGAUCCUGGGCCGUGCCAUCACCGGCAUCCAGGCCUUUGCCCCGGCCAAGGGGGGCGUAGAGGGGACACAGCAGAGGGCACGGCGGGGGACGCGGUGGCACCGCCGGGGACCGGCUCUGCCCCUCGCGCGGCGAGGGGCGCCAGGAGAUGUGGCACUGAGCGGGGCCAGUGCCACCAACCAGAGCCAGGCGUCCCCAGAAGUGUCACUGGCGGGACCCGGUGUCACCAAGAACAUCCCCGUGUCGUUGAUGGGACCCCGUGCCACCCCAGCCAAACCUCGUGUCACCAGCGGGACUCGGUGUCACCGACAGGACUCGGUGUCACCCAGGGGACCCCGCUGGUGCUGGCGCCGUGCCCGGUGCCACCCCGGUGCCUUCGCCCGCCCCCGUGGCCAAUAAACGGUGGGACAGCCCCUCCAUGCCAGC